GGAUUCCCAAGGUUAUGCGAGGCUUCAUUCCGUUGUAUCGACUUCUUACAUGGGUUUCUGCCGGUCUGGUCAUUUCUAACUCCCAGGCCUUGCUUGUUGUUCUCGCCGUCCUUCAAGCUGUUCAAUACCACUGCUGCAGCCGACCGCGUGAAACCCAGAGGCAGAUCGGAUACCUCGCUGUUGUCCGGACGACGAAGCGCCAUUUUGUUGUCUCAAACCUCCACUCCCUUGUCGCUCUCCUGCUUCAUGCACAGCAUCUUCUCGCGUGCACGGACAAUCUCUACGCCCAAGAAAUCGCACGAACCCGCCACCCUCGACGAGUUUGGACGGAUCAAUAGCAGAGGAUCAGCCCGCGGCCUCACCGCCUCCCCCGUCCCGUCCAAGAAGGACAAGAAAGAUGGCAAGGACAAGGGCAGGGCGCGCACAACGUCUGCGGUAGAGCCAGACGGCACAGAGUACGCCAUCCCCGACGGCACCUUCCUCCCGCUCAACCUUGACCCACCGCGUUUCGAGGCGACCGCCGGCCAACCCGCGUUUGAGCAGCAGAAGGGCCACGACUACGGCCAUCUCUCGUACCAGCGACACGUCGUCCUCGGGCUCGAGGAGGUCGCGCGCCUGGUGGACGUGGUCGGGAACGAACUCACGCUCCGUGGCCUCACGACGCCGUUCAUCUUCUCCGCACUCGCCCUCGACGUCUCGUCAAACGCGGUCAAGCGGCUCAUCCGCGCGUUCUUGCGUUCCUGCAGCAAGCCGUCGGCGGAGGCGGACUUUCAGUGGCACGAGGAGGCGCGGCUGGCGGGGCCGCAGGCGCUGGGGAUGUGCCUGCGGUGGGGGCUUGCACGCGUUAUCCGUAUCAUAAAGGGCCAGGAGGUGCGUGGGAUUGUGUCGUACGAAAACUACCUCGAGUGGCGGGAGACGGAAGUAGCGCAAAACUAUGCAGAGACGCACUUUGGGGCCUUCCUUGCGCCUCUCGCCCCGCUCGUACGCUCGAUCCUCGUCGGACUGCUGACCCUGCUCUCUCGUUUCAUCGCGCACUCGGCCUCGUCCGGGCACACGCCGCCGACGCUCUCACCGCUAUUCGGACCGUUGCUAUUCGGCUUGGGCCCGUCGACGCUUUCCUUUCAUCAAGCCUACGUCGCCUACUUGCGCGUCACGACGGCGACCGAACACCUCAUUCUAUCAUUCAUCCGGUGGCAGGACACCCCGAGGCCCGGCGCGGCACCAUUUGUGGGCGUGCCGACGCGACUCAAGGCAUGGAUCGAGGGCUACCCGUCCAUGCUGCCCGCUGUCGGCAAACAUGAGCGACGACCGGAGCCGCGGCGGGGUGCGCGCACGGUGCGCGUCGUUGCCGUGCGGCGGAACGUGCGGAUGUACUCGCCCGACCUCGUCAAGACGGCUGCAAGCUGGGCGCAGCGCCCGCGUGGACCGAGCUCAAACAUGGCGGAGCGCGCGUUUGCAGGCUCAAGAGAAUGGGAGCGCGUCGCACCACCGACCCUAAAGCUGCCACCGCGCUACUCGGACGCGUACCACAAGCGGAUGGACCUUGCGCCCAAUUUCCAUCCCGACACAGGCGCGGGGUCGACGUCGUCGUCGGUGAGCGCACCAUCGCUGACAUCAUCCGUGUCGUCCGCUUCGUCGGGGACGAGCAUGGACGAGCAUGGCCUGCUCGCGCGUUCGGGCGAAGAGCGCUUCCGGAGCCUGACAGACCUGAAGUGGGGCGAGUUCGAGAUGAUGGGCUUCGGUGACCAGACGGACGACAAGAAGCUACAGUUCGACUUGACGGAGGGCGCCCGGGCGGCACGCGCCGCGAAACGCGCGACAUUGACAUGGCAGGACUUCUCGUCCUCGGGCUUCUCGCGGACGGACGCGCCGCUGAACGCCACGCUCCAGUUCAGCACGCCUAUCGCAAAUACGGUCAGCUCGUGGCCUGCGCAUUCGGUGGAGAUCCAUCGCAAGCUGAAGAAGGCGCAGAAGGCGCUGCCGUCGUUCGGCUGGGACACAGAGCCCGUGCUUGGCGCGGAGGAGGUGAUCGAGGAAACGUUCGUCGACGUGUUUUGUGACCUCGUGUAUGGCGGAGGGUGGCUGGACAUUGAGAGGUGUGAAGAGAUUGAUCGGGAGUGUAAUUGGGCCCUGGUGGAGUUCAAGUCGCUCCCGGUGGCAAAAUCUACAGUGUCGGGCACCGCUGACCCGCGCACGUCGUCUACCUUGUUCCUUUUUGAAGAGUUUGUCCCGCUUGAGUACCGACAGCAGCUAGCGUCAUCAGGACGCGCGCGACGACGGCUGCCCUCCCUCUUUGGCAAUGGAUCCAAAUCCAAGCAAUGGAAACCUGCUGCGACGCUCAACGGUCGCCCUUACGUCAUCGGGCACGUACCGAACAGCCCAUCGUACCGCGAAGUCGAGUUUGAGGGCUUAUUGCGCGAGAACGGUAGCGCGACGAGGAUCAUUUCUCUAGGACGUCCCGCCGAGUUGGAAAACGUCACGUCACCCAGCACGCUCGCAUCGCCAGGCUCCGUUGCUCCUACGCCUGCCCCUACUUCUGCUCCCCCACCGACCACCCUUUCACAGCCCACGAUACGGCUUGAUCCCGCACCUACUCCUCGACCAAAACGUCAUGAUGCUUUGGACAUCGCCACCCAGAUACACCGACGGACGUCGCGCUUCAGGCUCCCUACAGGACUACCCGUCAGUCCGGGCGGUGCCCGAAGGUCAGGGAUGCCUCCGGCCGAAUACGAGAGUAUCGACUUCGACGCGCGUCUGGCCAGCUUCUCUGACGACGACUUGCUCAGUGGUGGGCGCGAUAAGCAUGGCCGGCGGCGCUCGCGGGACGAUGCAUGGGUAGAUAUUCUCGUCGCGAACAACCAGCGUCGGAUGGCAGGCCAGGACGCGGAAAUGCGCAAUGGGCCAAGGCUCAGAAGCCGGCGCUCGGAUCCGGAGCUGGCGAGCCAGGAGCUGUCCGAGGUGCUCGCUGCUGUGCGCGAGCAGCCCUUCUCCGACGACGAGGAUGUGGGAAUGGAGCCUAUGUCACCGCAGCAGAGGGACGACGACGAUACCACUACCAUGGAUGGCUCCGUAGUCCAGCACUCCAUUGGCCUCCAAGAACGAGAUUCCUACCUAUUUUCCGACGAGGAAACUGAAGAUGAGGCAAGGCCUCGUAGCCAACGCCGGCCGACAUACUUCGAUCUCCACCCUGACAGGCGUCCGUUGCGUUCGAUCGACGGUCAGUCGUAUGAGCGGCAGUCCUACGAUAGCGACGCCUUCUCUACUGACUCGUAUGGCCAGUUUGACGAUCCCCCGCGUCCUCGCCUCAACGCGCCGCGUCGAAGCGAUGCGGCAACAGACUCCUACAUAUCGGAGGCAGAUUACGAGACGACGCCAGGCAACUCGCAGGUGGACGUAUCAGAUAGCAGUGCACAGGAGAUCAGGAGACCGGCGUACGUCGCUAUGAGCCCUCCCUCUCCGAAUGUUCCCAACGCGCCAGCUCCGCCGCGGCCUCCACGUGCGAUCCCAGUCACUGCGUCAGCGACUACCGCUGCAGAUGCUGCGAAGAGCAAGACGGCUUCCCUCAUUGAGAUGUAUCGUGAACGCGAGAAGAGCACGGGCAGCAGCCCGGGUCCUGCCGCUGCACCGUCGAAGCUACCCACGCGCUCCGUCUCGUUGCCUCAGAAUCCCAAGUUACCCGCCGGCGCUGCCUCACCCAGUGUUCCUGGAGCGAAGACAUCCGACCCUGCGACCCCAGGGCAACCAGCACAACCAGCACAACGUACGGAACCUGCAGAGUCGGAUGUAGAGUCUAUCCUUGAAGAGCUCCCAGAGCCCGACCUCCCGAUACGGUACGUGCACGGCGCGCCGCUGCAUAACGUCCUGGAAGAGGAAGAAGAGGACGACUAGAACCCCGGCGUGCCGGUAGGCUCUAUUGUUGUCAACUAAUAGGGCCCCGGUGGCUGGUGUACAUGUACCCCGCCCGCUCACUUGUUUGCCUGUACCAUAUGUACAGGCCCGCUGGCCGCGCGCCGCACAGACACUCGUACAUCGUACAUAUUUACCACGACCCCGUCUCCCGCCUCUCUUAUCGUGCAUCGCUUUCUUGUUACUUAACGGCCCGCUGUUGCGGGUCCGUAUCCUCCAUUCCUUUGAGUCCGUAGCGUCCGUCCCUGACUCAGACACGUAUAUUGAGUCUUUAUCCAUAUGCAUAGGUCGCGAUGGCCGUGUUUUUAGUGCGAUACCAUACGCCGUCCCGGCUGAUAUCACGUAUCUACAGCAUUCUAGUGUCUUUAUGCUUUUCUCGUUAUGCACCGGCCUUUGUGGAAACAUGUAGUUGAUAUCUAUUGCUGAGUGGGCAAUGGGAUCAUAGUUGCAACGAU